AUGUCAGAACAAAUGCUUGAAGCUGCUGAAGCAGCUUUAAAUAGUUUGAGCGAUCACCAUCCAAUCCAUGGGCAAAAGGGUGCACCAAAUGUUGGAAAAUCAGACCAGUAUGCAUCCAGACUCAACAACUUACAGAGAAUACAACAGAAAAAGCAGGCCGUGCUGGCUUUUCCCUACAACAAGAAGUUGCUAAAGUUAGCUGUAUACUCUAAAUGUCAGGCUGAAAAAUGUGACUGCAUUGGGUGGAAGAGAGUUGACAGUAACCAACAGAAUCCAACUUUUACAGAUCCUUGCAGAUGCGAACAUUUACUGGAAAUGCAUAUAUCGCAUUUGGUUGAUAAACCAGAACAAGAAUUGAACAGGCUUUUAAGUAUGGUUGUUGAUGUUGAUAAUAUGUACACAGCUAUGAGUAGAGAGGAAAAUCCGGAGACACAUAGAGUUUACCUGUAUUUAUUUAGGUUGCUAAGGAAAUGUGUUCUGACACUCGAUAAACCUGUGGUAGAAGGACCUUUGGGUCAGCCGCCGUUUCAAAAACCUAGUAUCCAUAAAGCAGUCACAAAUUUACUCAUAUACAAAUUCUCGCAUAUUAGUCAACAAGAGUUGAAAACCAUGUACGAAUUGGUCAAAAUAUUAUUCCAUUGUCUAAAUACCUGGGAUUUCCCCUGUCCCAGUAGUCAAAAACAUAUUGUCAGCCAAGAGGAAGCUACCAAAUAUAAAAUCGAGUACACGAGAUGGUUGGUGUUCUGCUACGUACCGACGUUCUGCGACUCAUUACAGCACUUCGACACUACUAUGGUAUUCGGUCGUACUCUCUUACGAGCAGUUUUUAAAUAUAUUCGGAAACAAAUCAUGGAUCAGUUUUAUAGAGAAAGAGACACCAUGCCUCCAGACAGAAGGCAACUGUUGCUCACCAAUUUCCCUCCAUUUUUAAAUCAACUAGAUGAAGAGAUAUACGCCUCAAAUUCGCCGAUUUGGGAUCCUGAUUUUAAGGCUACAUCGGUGCAUUUUCAGUCUUUGCUGGAUUCUAGAUUAAGAGCUGGUACGAGCGGUUCCAAAAAACCGGAAUUCGAAAGAGUAACUUUGGGACAAACGGACCGGGAAGGAUUCACGAUUACUUCUCUCCCUUCGGGAAAAUCAAUUCGUGCAACGGAAACGCCGAUUAGAGAGGCGAAAAGAAAAAAAAUAGCCCAAGACGAGCAAUUCGAGGAUUUACCAAAGGAUACUGUUUGCGAAAUUAUAGCCACCAUUGACGAUCCUAACUACAUGACUGGUCCAGACAUGGUGUUUUCCGAAAAUGCUCCGGCGACUGAUGAAGUUCCGAAAUUGCAAGAAACCCGCAACAUCAUUCAAUUGCACGUCGUGGGAAACAGUCUCACUCAACCUGUCACGAAACAAACAAUGCUCAUGCUGAUUGGUCUUCAAAACGUUUUUUCGCGCCAACUGCCUAGAAUGCCGAUCGAAUAUAUUACCCAGCUAUUAUUUGAUCCGAAACACAGAACAAUGGCUUUAAUAAAAGAAAAUAGACCAAUAGGAGGCAUAUGCUUUAGACCAUUUCAAACGCAGGGAUUUACAGAAAUUGUAUUCUGUGCCGUCACCUCACAAGAACAAGUCAAGGGUUAUGGUACGCAUUUGAUGAACAGACUUAAGGACUAUCACAUAUCAAAACGCAUUUUUCAUUUUUUGACGUUUGCAGAUCAAAAUGCUAUAGGAUAUUUUCAGAGACAAGGCUUUUCCAAAGAUAUAAAAAUGAACAGAGCAGCCUAUCAAGGGUACAUUAAAGACUACGAAGAGGCUACUUUGAUGCAUUGCGAACUGAACCCGAAAAUAGUAUACACGGAAUUCACGAGUAUGGUUAGAAAGCAAAAGAAAUUUGUCAAACAGCUAAUUUACCAACAGCAAAAAACCGUGUCGAAGAUUCAUCCCGGCAUCACAUUCUUUAAUCAAGGUGUGCGAAGUAUUCCGAUAGAAUCGAUACCCGGGAUAGAAGAAACGGGUUGGAAACCUGCUUCUAGGACUACUAGAGGGCAGCAGUUGGAAGAAUCGCAAGACGUUGAUGUUUUGGCGGGCUUGCUCAAAAGUGUAUUGAAUGCUGUAAAAGGACAUGAAGAUUCUUGGCCUUUCAGACAACCAGUUGACAGGCACGUUGUUCCUGAUUAUUAUGAUCACAUCAAGUACCCAAUGGAUCUAAAGACGAUGGCUGAAAGACUGAAAUCUCGAUAUUACGUGUCUAGGAGGCUCUUCAUCGCAGACAUGAUGAGGAUUUUUACAAAUUGUAAAUUUUACAAUUCACCGGAAACGGAAUAUUAUCAAUGCGCUGAAAAUCUUCAGCAAUAUUUUCAAACAAAAAUGAAA